AUGACGACUCGUAGCAAGAGUAUGAAACAGAAAUUUCGAGAUGGAACAUCAACACCAACAAGAUGCAAUCCAGAGCAAGCAACAAACGUGGACGAAGAGCGUGGUGACGAUGAGUCAAACGUGCAGUUAUCGCUUUAUGCGAUCCUAAGCAAUGCUCGCUUACCAAGUGCCACUGCAGCUAGCUCUGCGAAUGCCAGCAGCUAUUCACCGCAAUUCUACACGUUAGUACCAGGAACGUAUGCAUCUGGUAGAUGUUUUGUACAAACUGCUAGUGAUCAACAUACUGCCACUGCACCACCACCGACUCGCAGAUCCGUCUCGAAGGUACGUUCCAAUAUUGAUUAG